AUGGUCGACUUAACGCCGCCGUCGAGUAGCGCAAACACGCCUAAGCGCGAGAUGGACAUCGACGAGCGCGACGAGCACGAGCGGCACUACUCCUCCGGCUCGGACGAGGGCGAGCCCGGCGCUAGCGACACGGAGCUCGACGAGGCUGAGCCCAUCGAGACGGGGCAGGCUACGCCGCCACUCGUUGAGGGCGAGGCGGGACCGAGCACGAGUACUUCCAAGAAGGCCCGCCGCCCCAAAGACGGUCUGUACGAAAGCGAGAUCGUCCAGCGCUGGAAUCGAGGUGAGCUGGAGGAUUGGGCCCAAGCUGACAGGACAGAAAUCGGCGACAUCAUCGCGCCGCCUUCGCAGCCUUCAUCCUCCGGAUCCUCCCAAGCCCAGUCCCAGGCGCAGAAGUAA